UCUCGCAAAAAAAAAAAAAAAAAAAAACCUUCUUUCUGUAAAACCCACAGAUUUGUUUAGCAUUCUGUCCUCCUGGGGGCUCCCUGCGUCGAUGAAAGAUUCGGUAAAAUAAACUUGGUAGACAUUCUGAUUUGAUCAUUCGCUGCAGUGUCGAAUAUGAGGAGGUGUGUCUCCAAGUUCACCGCCGAUUGGCACAUGUGUUUCAGGAACUUGAACUUUUUCUUGGUUGGUUUUGUUGGGUCAAGUUCAGUUUCAAGAAACUUCGUAGCUGAACGUUCAUUUAGCAGUCAUGCAGCCCCAAAGACGUAUGCCAGUUCUUCUGCAAAGUUGGCUGAUGAUCAGACAACAGACAACAGUGUGUCUGACAUGUUGGUUGAUUCGUUUGGUCGGUUACACACCUACCUGAGGAUAUCUUUGACGGAGCGAUGUAAUCUCCGGUGCCAAUAUUGUAUGCCAUCCGAGGGUGUGGAACUCACUCCGAGCCCUCAAUUGUUGUCCCGGUCUGAGAUUAUCCGUUUGGGUAACCUUUUCGUUUCUUCCGGGGUUAACAAGAUCCGCUUGACCGGCGGUGAGCCCACGAUUAGGAAAGAUAUUGAAGACAUAUGUCUGCAGCUGUCCAGCUUAAAAGGGUUGAAGACACUGGCCAUAACUACCAAUGGGAUCACUCUUGCCAGAAAGCUGCCAAAGCUGAAAGAUUGCGGGCUCACUUCUUUAAAUAUCAGUUUGGAUACCCUGGUUCCUGCCAAGUUUGAGUUUCUGACAAGACGUAAAGGGCUCGAGAGGGUUAUGGAAUCUAUCGAUGCUGCCAUUGCUCUUGGAUACAAUCCCGUAAAAGUGAACUGUGUUGUCAUGCGAGGGUUUAAUGAUGACGAGAUUUGUGAUUUUGUGGAGUUGACCCGCGAGAAGCCAAUUAAUGUCCGGUUCAUCGAGUUCAUGCCCUUUGAUGGAAAUGUUUGGAAUGUCAAGAAACUCGUGCCGUAUGCAGAAGUGAUGGAUAGAGUGGUAAAGCGCUUUCCGGAUAUAAAGAGACUUCAAGAUCAUCCAACUGAAACAGCCAAGAACUUUAAGAUAGACGGGCACUGUGGUUCUGUAUCUUUCAUCACAUCAAUGACCGAACACUUUUGUGCUGGUUGCAAUAGAUUGAGACUUCUUGCAGAUGGGAACUUCAAAGUUUGUUUGUUUGGUCCCUCAGAGGUUAGUUUGAGAGAUCCAAUUCGAUCUGGAGCUGACGAUGAGGAACUUCGGGAAAUCAUAGGUGCUGCGGUGAAGAGGAAGAAAGCCGCUCAUGCUGGAAUGUUUGACAUCGCCAAGACGGCGAAUAGACCCAUGAUUCACAUCGGUGGCUGAACAGCUAAAAGGGGGUUUAAGCUCUUGGGAACAGCACGAAGAACAUCGGGUUUUCCAAGAUCUAGGCUCCGGCCGAUGAGCUCUGCUCCGAAUGGGAGAGUGUUCUGUUGCGUUCCACCGAUCUGUACAUGUGUUUUGUGUGCAGGAUCUCAAAGUUCUUGAUGUUAAGCCAAAACUUGUUCUUACCACAUUUUGUACAAGAAUAUGAACAGACGAGUGUAAGGAGGCCAAUAAGCAUAUAUGCUUUCACAGCUUGACAUGAACAAUC